AUGAUGGUUUUCCGCGACCCAUCAUUCGACGUGCAACAGAUGCAAACCACCAUGCCCAACAUCUUCCUUGACGAGCAAAUGCGCAAGAGAACCAAGGGCCAAAUCGCUGGCCGCGGAUUCGCGAUGGCUACCAAGACAUCUGGCCCCAUCUGCUUCGAGCGCAACGAACCGGGACAUGUCAGGAGGAACUGUCCUAAUCGCCAGCGGGAGGACCAUAGGGCAAAGAAAACGAAGCCUGCGGGAGCAACCAAGUGGUGCUCCGUCCAAAACACCACUACACACUCCGACGAAGAGUGUUACAACCAAGGAGCCAAGCGACCAGAACGCACGGGCAAGGCCUUUUCUGCAUGA